UUCAACAGUCGUCAGUCCGUCAGUCGUCGUCAAACAGUCGGCCGCGCGUCACACCCGUCACCGUUCACCGCUCCCGACCAACGAUCUGCCACGUUUCCAUUAGCCGAACGGCUUUUUUUACGAAUUUUUUUUUUUUUUUCUAUCCGUCGAAAACGAUAAUAACUUGUAAUAUGAGGUGCACCUUGUUAUGCGCGUUGGUCGCCGCGUGCGCCGUAGCGGCUCUGGCCCAGAAGACCGCCGAGCACCAGUCCGAGACGCUGGCCAACGGUCUUAAGAUCGAGUACGUGUACACCCUAGAAGGAUGCGAGCCCAAGUCCAAGAACAACGACAUGCUCACCAUGCACUACACCGGCAAGCUGGUGGACGGCACCAAGUUCGAUUCGAGUCACGACCGAGAACAACCAUUCACUUUCCAAUUGGGCGUAGGACAAGUGAUCAAAGGAUGGGAUUUGGGACUGACCAAAAUGUGCGUUGGUGAGAAGAGGAGACUGACCAUCCCAGCCAGUUUAGCUUACGGCGACCGUGGAGCAGGAAACGUCAUUCCCGGAGGUGCCACUUUGGUGUUCGACGUCGAGCUAUUGAACGUUGGCGACCAGGCGCCCACCACGAACGUGUUCAAGGAGAUCGACCAAGACCAAGACAAACAGCUGUCCAGGGACGAGGUUAGCGAAUAUCUGAAGAGACAGAUGGCGGCUGCCGAGGGCGCGGAAGGCGGUGAUGACAUCAAGCAGAUGAUGUCCGACCACGAAAAGCUCGUCGAGGAGAUAUUCCAACACGAGGACAAGGACAAAAAUGGGUUCAUAUCGCACGACGAGUUCACCGGGCCCAAGCACGAUGAACUUUGAUGAGGGACACAGAAGAUGUACGCGUAUGGGGUUAGGGGGAGGGGGAUGGAAAUGGUCGUCGGUAGGGGCGGUUCGUGGAAUUACGCCGCGCUCGUUAUCAUAUAUGGUAUAUUAUUAUGUAUUAAUGUAUAAUAUAUAUGUAUACGCAUUAUGAUAUCUGGACGGAAGUGCUCGGUUAAUCGAGGUACUCCGGUAUUAUUUUUCUUUUUAUAAUAUUAUUAUUAUUAUUAUUAUUGUUUUUUAUUUUAAUUACUUUAAUUUUUAACGGGAAGUUCGCCAAAAACAAAAAAAAAACCCCAAAACCCCUCUCCGCGAGAGGAAUGUUUUUUAUUAUUUUAUUUCUUUUUACGAAUAAUAUAAUAUCAUAUUUAUUUGAUUCAGACACAAGAUUAGCAUAAUAUACAUCUUUACAAUAUUAUUAUAUAUAGUUUAUAAUUGGACUACUACUAUAAGCAUAUUAUACUAUACAUUUUUUUUAUAGUCCGCAGAUUUUUUGUUUAAUUGAAAACUUUUGUAAGAAGACUGUUGUAAUAAAAAUGUUUUAUAUAUACAAUC